UUUCCACGCGCACUCGCUCGCCGGCUGGCCAGCUGCAGCGGCUCCCAGGGCCGUGAGAAGAAGCGCGCUUUCACUGGCUAAGGAGGAGUCCUAAAUCCCGCUUGAAAAUGGCUCUUAAUCUGACACUGAAGGCAGCAUCGCUUUAUGAUGAAUGGAUUAAAAAUGCUGAUCCACGACUCGAUGGCUAUCCUCUCAUGUCUUCGCCUUUUCCACAGACGCUUAUUAUUGGAGCUUAUAUGUAUUUUGUCACUAAUCUGGGACCAAAGUUCAUGGAAAACAGAAAACCUUUUGCUUUGAGACAAACAAUGGUUUUUUACAACUUUAGUGUAGUGGCUCUUUCACUUUAUAUGACGUAUGAAUUCUUCAUGUCUGGCUGGGCUACAGGCUAUUCAUAUCGCUGUGACGUCGUUGAUUACUCUAUGUCCCCUAUGGCUCUAAGGAUGGUUCGUACCUGUUGGCUGUAUUAUUUUUCCAAAUUUAUUGAAUUGCUAGACACUGUCUUCUUCAUCCUCCGAAAGAAGAAUGAACAAGUUACAUUCCUGCAUGUCUUUCACCACACAAUUAUGCCUUAUACCUGGUGGUUUGGAGUCAAAUUUGCUGCAGGUGGUUUAGGAACAUUCCAUGGUUUGUUGAACUGCAUUGUGCACGUGAUCAUGUAUACGUAUUAUGGACUCUGUUCACUGGGACCAGCCUAUUAUAAGUACUUGUGGUGGAAAAAACAUCUGACAACUGUACAACUGAUCCAGUUUGUUAUAGUUACGGUCCAUAUAGGACAAAUUUACUUCAUGGAUGAUUGCCAGUAUCAGUAUCCAAUUUUCAUGCAUAUCAUCUGGCUAUAUGGCUUUUUGUUUUUACUCCUGUUUCUUCAUUUUUGGUAUCUUGCUUACACUAAAGGCCAAAGACUUCCGAAGCAUAUGAAAAAUGGCAUUAUCAAAAACAAAGCUGAAUGAAGCCACAAACAUGAAUGAAUUUUUCCCCCAACUUGCACUACUUGACAAUCAAUAUGCUUAAGGUGUACAGCAUAGUGGAUGUUUUGUAUAUGGUUUUCUUAAAAAAAAAAAAACACACAACCAACCUUGUAUUUUUAUUAUAAAUUAUUUGGUAUUUAAUCUUGAUAUGGGCGGAGGAAGGUAAAGCUACUGAUUAAAAUACACCAGCCUGCAGUUUUUAGCCAAAGUGUCCAUAUUACAAUUUUUCCCUAUGUAUCAAAGAAAUUAAUACUUUGUGGCACUCUUCGAGAUGUACACAAAUAUUUAUAUGGAAAUGAAGUGUGCUUGAUAAGUAUACAAACGUACUUUGAACACUGACAAAGAUACAUUUGUUUUAACUCAUGUAACAAUUUAAUAAGUCUGUAGGCUGCUUUUAACUAGCGAUGGACAAACUUACCCUGAGUGAAUUCAUUAUUUCCUUUGAAUAUAAUGACCUCACCCAUGUAAGGUCUCCUCUGAGAGUUCUCCCACAUAAAUGAGCUUUUGUGCAUGCACAGUGCCAAAAUGCAUCUUGGGAGAUGUAGUUUGGAAAUGCCUCAUGAUGUCAUGUGUCACCAGCUUAUGUACCCUCUGGUUGUUUGUUUUCAUGUGGCCUCUCACUGAAACACUCCACCCACCAGCAGCAUAUUUAUUCACUGAACAAAAUAAAAGUACUGUACAAAUAACAAUGACUCAAAUCCAAAUGGAUGAGAAGAGAGAUCACAAUAAGCAA